AUGGACAUCGGAAAUUUCGACUUUGCUAACAAUGAACAAGUAUUAAAGUUGGAGAAAAAGAUGGAUGAAGUGAUAGUAGAAAACAAGAAGCUUGUUGCUGAAAACAAGAAGGUGUCUGAUAGAGAAAGACUUCUUGAAAUUCGUGUGAAGAAAUUAGAGGAUGAAAAUCAAGUGUUGGUGAAAAAGAUUGGUGCUGAUCAAUUUGAAAUUGAUAUAUUGAAAGUACGUGUUGCAGAGCUUGAAGAAGAAAAGUCUAGAAAAGAUAAUCAGAAUGAAUACUUCAAGCUAAAGAACAAAGAACUGGAAGCAGCUAAAACAUCAAGAGAUCAUGAGUUCUACAUGCUGAGUAAAGUCGUUGAAAGCAUGCUUGGAACUUCAGUUGAUCAAAAAUUUGAAGAGCUGCAAGUAGAGGAGAUCAGGGCUCAACGUCAAGCAGAAGUUGAAAGGCAGAUGCAAGAUAAAGGUAAGGGAGUUGAAGGAAGUUCAGCUGUGACAGAAAGAUCAAUAGUUCCUUCAAUGGUGGUUGAGAAUCCCGAGCCUAUUUCUGCAAUAUCCGGUCUCUUUGAAGAUGAAACUCACCUUGCUGAGUUAGAAGGUUCUAGUAGUGAUGAAAAUGAUGAAGAAGAGGAGGAAGAAGAGAAAGAGGAUAAAGAUGAAAAAGUAUUUUCUGCUAGCAGUCACAGUUCAGAAGAUGAUGAUGAUGAUGAUGAUGCUUCAGGUGGUACUGGUUUAAGAGUUACUGAAGGUUCUUCUGAACAAGAUGUUGAUAAUCUGAUGAAUGACACUGUAAAUGAAGAGUCAGGGGAAGCUAGUGGAAAGGGGGAGUCUAGUAAGUCUCAAAUUGUUGAACAUUCUGAGACGUUGUUCUUGAGUUUAGAUGUUUACAGAGAAAUGUUGCAAAAUGUGAAUCCUGAAUUCAAGAUUGAUUCUGAAGAAGAGUUAGAGUCUUUCGAUAUAAAUCAACAGCCUGAAUACUCGUACAAGUAUGUUGAAGAGGCUGAUAAGUAUGAUCGAGUUGAGAUUGAAGAUUGUACGGAUGAUGAAGAUGUAGCUGAAGAUACUUCUAAGUAUCCUACACUCAUGGAAUUCUUUGCUGAAGAAAACAGAGAAGAGUUAAGACAGAAAGUAGCUGAGGCAGUGAAAGAUAAAACCUUCGACAAUACUUAA